GGCCGCCCCAUGGCAGUGCAGCUCCGUCGGCGCAAGCGUGCGCGUCCCCCGUCCGUCCGAACGUCGUCGCGGCCCGGCAGCCGGCCCCGCCACGCCCCCGCGCAGGCCCUGAGCCGAUCUCUGAGCCGUGCCACCAGCAGACAGCGGACCUCCCCCCGGACUCGCCCGCGCCCUCCUCUCUGGAUUACAGUGCUAGUGUGUGACUAUGUCGUGACGUCUGUCACUGUGUGUUGGUGCGCAUGGCCCCUCGGACAGGGUGAAGUCUAGUGCAGUGAGUGAAGUGCUUUGGAUACGCCGCCGUCUUGCACCGCCCUCUGGAUUACCUCCCCCAUCGACCUCAACGACAUCACCAACAUCACCACCUCCUCCGCCCCUCCCCUGGAUUUAGUUUGGGUUGCACCUGUGCGCCUCAGCCUGCCUCAGCGGGGCGAGGAUGGUGCCCGCCCUGGCGCCCGCGUCCCCCUGACCAUGGCCGCCCCGAGGACGCCGCCCGCCGCGCCGCGGUGCGCGCACGGCCACCUCCACACUCACCACACCAAACCCACCCCACUCUGUGGCCCACUCACCAGCCGCCAGUGAUCUCCUUUUGUCACAAUGGGUGGUUUUGCCCCUUUCCCCUUGCGACGAGCGUUGGGUCCUUCGUCGAACCUCCUCCAGCGGUGGCAACCUCAACCAGGUGGUUCCCGGCUGGCCCCCGCCAUGCUGGCGCUCCUCUCCGGCCCGGCUGGCCCGGCCCCUACGCCGCCGUCCUCAUCCGGAUGACAGGACAAGGGACCCCGCGCCGCCUCGCCAUUGGGACUAGAGGAUCCUAGCCUUGAUGGACUGCAGUGAGACCGCCGUGCUGAUCGGCAACCGCUGCGGCCUGUGGAGCGGCCUGCCGGCCCUGCCCCGCACCGCGCCGCCCCGCUCGGCGCCGCUGCGCCCCGCGCCGCCCCGCGCCAACCCCCGGCCGCCGCCCGCGCAGCCCCCGCCGCCGCCCGCCGCCAGAGCGUCCCCCGGCUACCAGAUGAAGUUCCAGGGCGGCGACUCUGAGCUGCUGGGCAUGCCGGCCGACUCCCUCCUCAUGGGCACCAUGUCGUGCUGGGGCUCGGGCCUCUCCGGCCUGUCCAGCCCCGACCAGUAUAAACUUCUUCUCGACGAGGACAAGUCCUCGCUCGAUUCCCUCGACUCCAAGGUCGCCAUGGACACCUUGGAUAGCCUGCUACUGUCGUCCACGGACGACGUGGCGGAUUGCGACGACGUCGUCACCGAGGACAACUUUGCCGAGCUCAAGCCGCUGCCGCCCUUCACGGGGUACACCGGCCACCUGAGCAUAAACGGUAUCUCCGGCCACCACUAUCAUACCAUAGCGGCGCCGCUUUCGCCCGACCCGGGCCUGGUGGAGACGAGCCUGGAGAACAACAACAACACCCAGGUGACGAACCACAACCACGUCCACACGUCGGACUCGGCGUCCACGGCGUCGACGACAUCCAACGCCUCGAGCGUGGGUCUGUCCUACUACCAGGACCACCAUGUUGUGUCGUCGAGCACGGGCUGUGGCCUGGACGACAUCAAGGAGGAGGCCUCGGACUACACGAGCUUACUUGACAACGAGGACAUCGCGGCGCUCAUCGGGUCAGCCAUCGCGGACACGACCGUGCCGAGCGUGGUGGACAGCGUCAACGACGUGGGCGAUGCCUCCCGCGACUCGUGGAUGGACCUGGACGCGUGGAUCGACACGGCGUGCUCCAACGACAACAAGUCCACCAUGCUGCCCGUGUCGCUGCAGGACUUCUCCGGGACGCAGUUCAGCCCGCCCCCGCCUCCGACCGCCACGCCCGUGCCGCCCGCGCCCACCACGCUGCAGUCGCUGCUCGGGUACUCGGUGCCGCAGCCGCCGCAGCCGAUGCUCGUGAAGCGCGAGGCCACCACGUCGUGCUCCUCCUUCACGUCGAGCGGGCUGCUGGCCGUGAAGCGGGAGGCGACCACCUCGUUCCCCGGGCCUCCUGGCGGGCCACCCUCCUCCCUCCUGCACAGCAGACUGCAGAACGGGCCGCCCGCGCGCGCGCCGCCCAGCCCGCCGUCGCACGUCGUGUCCACGACGGACCCCAGCCACGGCCUGCGCUACCACUACUCGCCCACCUCCACCACGCCCAGCCCCGUCAGCACCAAGAAGUCGCGGAACCGCAACAAAAAUAAAAACAGCGGUGGCAGCGGGGGUGGCGGCGGGGGCGGCGGCGCCUCCAGCUCCGGGGGCGGCAGCGUGGCCUCCAGCUCCAGCCUCGUGUACACGGCCGACGGCCUCCUGGGCAAGGAGAAGCCCGUGCACCGCUGCACCAUCUGCUCGCGAGGCUUCCUCAACAAGAGCAACAUCAAGGUGCACCUGCGCACGCACACGGGCGAGAAGCCGUUCCGCUGCGAAGUCUGCGGCAAGGCGUUCCGACAGAAGGCGCACCUGCUCAAGCACGCCAUGAUCCACAAGCGCAUCGGGCGGGACGACCCGCACGGCUACCCCCACGAGCUGCGGUGCGACUAGGGUAGGCAGACUUAGUGCAUGCGCGUGGGUGAGUGAGUGCGUCGUGUGCUUUUGUAAAUGAUGAUAAUUUCGUUUUUAUUUUUCUCUUGUCGGUUGUGAUUCACCUUGUUUUCUGUUGGUUCUACUGUAAUUUAUUAUUCUGUUUUUAUUUUUACAUAUUAUAUAUAUAUAUUUAUGAAAUGUGCGGUUGUUUCUGUUAUGUGUACAUUAAAAACUCGGGUACCUUCAUUCUGACUCUAUUCAGAAAUUCGCCGCAAUGGAAUCUCGUCUCGGGAAUGAUGAGGCCUUCUGGUCAGUAAAUCUCAAAAGCAAUCGCGAAUGAUAUUAAUUGUCAAUUGUGAGUCUCUCAGAUUUAAUUUAAGUAUUUAUUUAGCGUAAGGGCCCAAACAAACUUAAACAGUAUUAAAUAAAUAAAUGGCGCGCCAAAUUAUUGUCAUCGCUAAUACGCGUUCGGCAGAAGACUUGCUCUCCUUGUUUUCUUUUCUUCGGACGCGAAUGUUUGAGGCUAGAGCCUCCUAUUCGUUAAUCGUUUGCUCUUGUAAGCGGAAUAGUUUAACAGGCUGUGGCGUCAAAUCAAUACUCACGUACUUCCCCCUGACAGAAAAGAAAACCAACGGUUCAAGUCCUUUUUUGGCUGAAGCUAGUUUAAUGAUAGCCAAACUAUCUUCACUAUGUGCAAUUCAAAAGUUUAGGUUUGAAUCGCGGGCUAGUAACCAAAGUGAUGCAUGACUGAGAUUGAAUGAUUUGACUAGUAUUUUCGUAUGGUAUCAAAGGGGUACUUUGGCCUCAAACGCCUUACUUUUUGAGUACUAAAUUUAAUUUUUGAAUACAAUCAGACCUGUGACUUUUGUCUGAACCGUACUAAAACGUUAUGGUCUGUACUAGUUUUCAGCUUUUGCACUUAAUUUAUAAUUUUGUGGGUCUUCCACGUCCCUGUUAAGGAACAAAACCUCGCUAUAGGGCGUGCCCAGUGGCAUGUGAUGUAGGUUAGGUGGGGGUAAGGAAAGGACAGAGAGCGCCGGGAGCUGAUCUCAACCCUGGAAUCUCGAUAACCCAAUCCGUAUGUUUUAUGGUAAAUUUUCUGACGUGUUAAAUUUAUUUUUGUAUAUGUUUUGUAUUAUAUGACAACGUGCAAUCUUUUUGAGUUGGAAUAUUUUCCGUAUUCGUACCGAGUUAAGACUGGUUGUCUCCCAUCACACACUCUCAUUUACAGGCAACCAAGAAAAUUCACUGUGUUGGUACAAAGUCUCUUUCCAAUAUUUUAAAUUGUGACUCCCGUAGCUGUAAGAGGCGUAAUUUAUUUUUCAGUUUUAACUUUGUCUUUAAGGGACCAUUCCAAUUGAGGCGAAACUACACUAUUUCUAUUUUCCAUUAGAUUGUAAAUAAGAUUAAAUAUUAUUUUGUAAACUUUGUAUAUAACUAGAUCAUAUGGAAUUAUUUAUAUAUUAUAAUAUUUUUCUAAUGUCUCUUUUCUGUAUACUCUGUUGACUUUUUUCUUAACAUAGCGAUCCAAAGGUCGUUAUAAACCACCCUAUCCCUCUCUUCUCAGCAAACAACGAAUGUUAAAAUGCAAUUAAUUUAUUUUGAGUGGGAGAUAUUGUGAUUUGUGAACUCGAUGUACUUCUGGAUUCUUUGUUUAUCUUUAAGCAAUUUAGAUUUACCCUUGAUUUUCUAACUAUUUGACCUCUGGAGGCGCCAGAGAGUAAUCUUUGUAUAACUCUUGCGGCCAAAGGAAGUGGCUGUCUUGUUAAAUUUCAUUUUUGGUCUGACAUGUAAAACAAAAUCUCUUGUCCGUUGCUACAAUUUGUACCUCCUAAAUUGCGGGAAAAAACAAGAUACCGUUGUAUAUUGAUUGUGUUGUUUUCUUUAUUAAAGUAAGAAGUUGUUGAACAAAACCA